GCAGAAGAUGAAGUUGUUGAUCCAAAGAAGUACCUUGAGGAAUCUUGCAAACCAAAAUGCGUGAAGCCACUACUCGAAUACCAGGCGUGUGUCAAGAGAAUCCAAGGUGAUGACUCUGGCCACAAGCAUUGCACUGGGCAGUAUUUCGACUACUGGCAUUGCAUUGACAAAUGUAUUAUGAUACUGAGGUUGAAAGUGGAUUUUGGAUAUUCAGGUUGCACCAAAGCUUUUUACGAAACUAAAAUGAAAAGGGGUGAAGCCGGAGACUUUGUCUUGAGUUUGCUUCAUGUGACGUUGUUAUUGUGCUACUUAAGUACUUGCAUGCCUAAUAACAAGAAUGCGCCU